AUGGCCUGGGCUUAUACCGUGGCUCUACAGUUUGCCGACUCGUCUAGCAAUCUCUUCGCGUCUACUGCUGAGAGGGACUGCCUUACAGAUCGGGUUUUUAUGGAUGAUUUUAGUGUCUAUGGUGAUUCAUUUGAUAAGUGUCAUCAUAACCUUACACUUGUGCUUCAGUGUUGUAUUGAAACUAACAUUGUGCUCAAUUGGGGAAAAUGUCACUUUAUGGUGAAUCAAGGUAUAGUUUUGGGCCAUGUAAUUUCAGUGAAAAGUAUUGAGGUUGAUAAAGCCAAGAUUAACCUUAUUCGUUCUUUACCACCUCCUACUAGCAUGGGAGAGGUGAGAUAUUUCCUUGGUCAUGCGGGAUUUUAUCGAAGAUUAAUCAAGGUUUUUUCUAAAAUAGCCACACCUCUAUGCAAUCUUCUACAAAAAGAUGUGGUAUUCAAGUUUGAUGAAAAGUGUUUAGUGGCCUUCAACAGGUUGAAAGAUACAUUGAUUUCAGCUCCAGUAAUUCAACCACCUAAUUGGGAGUUACCAUUUGAGAUUAUGUGCGAUCUACCAGAAGACUUUACACAAGCACAACGAAACAAGCUUAAGCAUGAUGUAAAGCAAUAUGUAUGGAAUGAGCCUUAUCUAUGGAAGCAUUAUGUUGAUCAAUAUCACUCACAAGGUGACGAAUCUUAUCAUCCACAAGCUAAUGGUCAGACAUCCAUUGGCAUGUCACUGUUUCGUUUGGUUUAUGGUAAGCCAUGCCAUCUUCUAGUAGAGUUAGAACAUGAGGCUUGGUGGGUAGUCAAACAAUGUAACACGGAGAUGGAUGCCGCUGGACAACAAAAGAAAUUACAAUUGCAAGAGCUUGAAGAAAUAAGGAAUGAUGCUUAUGAUAGUUCAAAAAUAUACAAGGAGAAGACCAAGGCCUUCCAUGAUAAAAGGAUCUCUCGGAAAUCAUUUAUGGUUGGUCAGAAAGUAUUAUUGUAUCAUUCUCGUGUUAAGUUAUUUCCAAGAAAUCUACGCUCUAGGUGGAUGGGUCCAUGUGUGGUGACUAUUAUCUCCCCAAAUGGAUCGAUUGAGAUUUCAAGUAUAAAAAUGGGGAAGGCAUUUACAAUGAAUGGACAACGACUCAAGCCAUAUUAUGAGUCAUUUGAAAAAAAAAGAAGAUGA